CUGACUUCACUUCUACUUCGCCCUAAUCCACCUUUAUAAAUCUCAACCGCCUUCCUCGCCGGUUCGCCGGAAAAGUACUUCUUCCGGCUACGAGAGAAUGGAGGACGCAGCGACUGUCGCCAGGCUUCUCUCCCGCCUCAUGGACGCCGUCGACGAGGCGGCCGCCCUCGCCGCCCCUCCUGCCGAUGCCGCGUCGCCCUCCUCUUCCCGCCGCUGCACUGCCCCCAUGUUCGUUUUCUCCUUUCUCGUCGCCCGCAUUAACCCCGUCCUCCAAUCCCUCCUCCUGCUCCAGCAAGAGGUCGGCGAGUUGCCCGACGCGUCGAGCAGGGUGAGCGCCCUUGAAUCCCUGGGCGCCGAGCUCCGCCGCGCUCGCUCCCUCGCAGGGAGAGCAUCUUCCGCCGGAGCUUCUUCCUACGCCGCCUCCGUCGCCGUGAGGCUGGUCGAGGGCGCCGCUCGAUGCCUCGGGCGGGGCCUCCUCGUCUUGGCCGGCGCGUGGGCCGAUGCGCCGGUGGAGAUUCGGACCGAGAUGGAUGCGCUUCGGGGGGAGAUGAUGGAAGCGCGGUUUGAUGGCCCAAUCGAGGAGGUUGGUGGUGGCCCCGCUUUGGGCGACGCCGAAGACUUGGUCGUGCGGAUUAAGAAUGCGGAUGAAGAUGAGCUUUGGGUGGUUCUUUUUGAGAUUGUGGUCCUCACGGAAGAAGGAUUUGUGGGGGAAGAAGGUGGAACAUUGAUCCCUGCUCUGCUAAAUCGAUUGACUGUGACCAAGGGCGAGAACAGAGUGAAGAUGAUUGAGGUGCUCAGGAAGCUUGCAUCGCACAGCACCGAGAACAAGGAGAAAAUGGCUGGUGUUGAAGCUCUUUCCACUAUAGUGCGAUCUUUAUCGAGGAAUGUUGAUGAGAGUAGGGAAGCAGUGGGGCUGCUUUUGGAUUUGUCUGAAGUUCUAAAAGUUCGACAAAGGAUUGGUAGGAUCCAAGGUUGUAUGGUGAUGCUUGUCACUUUGCGAAAUGGGGAAGAUAGCAUUGCAUCUGAAUAUGCAGGAAGGUUAUUGGGUGUUUUAUCAGGCAAUGCUCACAAUGUACUCCUUAUGGCUGAGGCUGGUUACUUCAGCCCACUAGUACGAUACCUAAAGGAAGCAGGUUCUGAGAUGAACAAGAUUCUUAUGGCAAAUGCAAUUUCAAGAAUGAAACUAACAGAUCAGAUAAGAUCUACUCUUGGAGAAGAGGGAUCCAUUGAACCCCUUGUAAACAUGUUCACCUCUGGCAAACUUGAAGCUAAGUUGUCUGCAUUGGGCGCCUUGCGCAAUCUCUCUAUAUUAGAAGAGAACAUCAAGCGUUUGAUUGAUUCAGGUGCCAUAGAACAUUUACUUCAACUCCUAUUUUCUGUCACAUCAGUGCUCGUGACUCUUCGAGAACCUGCAGCUGCUAUACUUGCAAACAUAGCUGAAUCUGAUCGGAUUCUGACUAAAAAGGGUAUGGCGCCACAAAUGCUUUCACUUCUUAACCAUUCAAGUCCUGCAAUCCAGAUCCAUCUUUUUCAGGCGCUGAAUAGAAUUGCAAGUCACUCCAAUGCCAAAAGAAUCAGAACUAAAAUGAGAGAAAAUGGCGCUCUGCAGCUGCUUUUACCUUUCCUAACUGAGAGUAAUAAUCAGAUCAGAAUUGCAGCCUUAAACUUACUAGUCCACAUCUCCAAAGAUUUUGAUCCUGCCGGCGAGUGUUUUGAUCAGAUUGGGGUAGCACAUCUGAACCUUCUAGUUAAUAUUAUCGCAGCGUCAACAUCGGAUAAUGAAAAAUCUGCUGCUCUUGGCAUACUAAGCAACCUCCCCCUCAAUGACAAAAGAGUCACAGAUAUACUCGUGAAGGAAAAUUUGCUCCCUGUUUUGAUCUCUCUAUUCGAUACGACCAUCGCAAGGACUUUAAAUCCUACAAAAAUGUGUUUGCUCGAGAACAUUGCAGGUGUGAUGGUCCGCUUCACCGUACCUUGGGAUAAGAAACUGCAAAGGACAUCGGCAUCCCAUGGUGUAAUUUCUUGCUUGUUGAAGUUACUUACAUGCGGUUCUAUAGUUGCCAAAUCUAAAGCUGCUGUUUCACUGGGUCAGCUAUCACAGAACACUGUGGCUUUGGUCAAGGUUAAGCCCGCCAGAUGGUUGUGUGUUCCUUCAUCAUCUGAAACGUUUUGUGAUGUCCAUAAUGGCAAUUGCGUCGUGAAAACUACAUUUUGUUUGGUCAAGGCCGGCGCUAUGUCUCCUCUAGUACAAAUUCUCCAAGGCAAAGACCGCGAAGCCGAUGAGGCCGUUCUCGAAGCUUUGGCAACACUACUGAAGGAUGAGAUUUGGGAAAAUGGAAGCAACGCGAUCGAAAAGGCAACCGGAGUGCAAGCACUCGUGAGAGUCCUCGAAGUCGGUAAUCUGAAGGCUCAAGAGAAAGCAAUAUGGAUGUUGGAGAGGAUCUUUCGGCUCGAAGGCCACAGAGAGAAGUACGGCGAAGCUGCUCAACUCGUUCUCAUCGAUCUAGCUCAGAAAGCAAAUCCAUCUUUAAAAUCCAUGAUUGCGAAAAUACUGGCACAUCUUCAGCUAUUGCAGAUGCAAUCAAGCUACUUCUGAAGUCCUUUGCUGCUUCAAAGGAUCACACAACAUGAUACAAUUUUGAACUUCUCAAGAAGGUACGAACACUACGACAUCUUACAUUACACUGUAUAUGUGCAUUCAAUUGUAUUUUAUUUUUUUACUCUUUGGGUGGAAAACAGCACAGUUUGGCCUCUUAUUCUUAUGUGUCAAUUCCCACUAUUCUUUGAGUAGUCUUGAUGGGAGGAUGAAUAGGAUCGCAAACUGUAAGGCUGACCAUGUAUUUAGUUGUCCAAAAGGAACGGUAGAUGACCCGGGAUAUAGUGCAGUAAGAAACACAUUUUGGGGUUUUUCUGUUCAAAAAAAAAUUCCAGGAAGGUAAGAAAUUCAUCUCGCUGAAUCAUUGUGUGAACUAUUGUAUGUA